AUGGACAUCUGCGAAAAAGGCGAAUUCUUCAUUGAAACAGAUGAUGGUCUCUCUUUUGACUACGCCAAGAUCAUCUUGCGUGACGAUGCCGGCGAUUACUUUUACGCCAAAACUACACAACGAAUAUUUCGAUCACCGACGAUAGAUAUCAAUGAACUGGACAUAAGCCCAAUUCCUGGGGAUCGCAUCUACCCUUUGGCCGAUCCCAACCUGACCCUAGCUCCCGACCCUCUACCCUCCACCUCCUACUUCAAGCGACCCCGACUACUGUACUACGAAAACGCCGCUGAUAUCCCUGGCUACGACUGCCACAUAUUGACCGAGGUGAAGGCGUGCGAGAUCCUGAGUAAACAUCCACAUCCCAAUAUUGCUCAAUAUCUCGGCUGCAUCGUGAAGGCAGGAAGGAUAAGAGGCCUUGGUUUUGCCAAGUAUCCGACGGCACUGUCGCAGUUAUUGGAAGAGAAGACACGUUUUGAUAAGAGUCGGUGUCUGCUUGGUGUUGAAGCAGGUGUCCGUCACAUGCAUGAACUGGGACUUGUACACAACGACCUAAAUCCGUCGAAUAUCAUGAUGGACGGGGACCGGCCUGUCAUCAUAGAUUUUGACUCAUGCAAGCAAGAGGGCGAUGAGCUGGGCUCAAAGGCAGGGACCUAUGGGUGGACCCCAGAUGGGGAGAGUCGAUCAAGGCGGGAGAACGACCUGUACAGCCUCUCAAAGCUACGGUCGGCCCUCCUAGAGGAAUGUCUGGAGUGUUAA